AUGUCACUCAGCGGUUCGUCUCCAUUAACAUCUGCUCCAUUGACUCCCUCCAAGUUGAUUUCUGGCUACACAUAUCGUCGUCGAUUUCGGCCUUAUUUCACUAAACGACAGCUGAACACAUUGGCUUCACUGAAAGGAUCUGGCAGCUUUUCCUCUUCCAGAGAAUCGGCAACACGGAAUUCGAGUUGCAAGUUCAUUCAACAAGUAUGCAACAAAAUCGGCUUUCCUCAAAACACGACUAGCACGGCACAAGCGCUUUAUCAUCGAUUCUAUUUGUAUUACUCGGUCCGAGAUUACAUGCCACAGGACAUCGGCAUCACAUGUAUCUAUGUCGCUUGUAAAAUCGAGGAGACGGUCAAGACGCUCAAGGAUAUCUUUGUGGCAGCACACAGUGUACGGCAUCCAGCGAACAAGGAACUUGAUCCAGAGCAAAUAUCAGAAGAUCGACGACGAAGGAUUAUACUCUACGAGAAGCUCCUGCUUGAGACAUUGUGUUUCGAUUUUCAACAACGGCAUCCUUUCGAAUAUGUGGUCAAGUUUGUCAAGUAUAUACAGCAACAGAGGGAAUUGGAUGGCGAGUCAUUAGCACGAAAAGCAUACAUGUUAGCUGUUGAUAGUUAUCGAACACAAAUGUGCAUGGAAUACCCGGCUCAUACGAUCGCAGCAGGCUGUGUUCAUUUGGCAUCCAUGAUGCUCAAGCAAGAAGAUAAGUCUUUUCAGGAACUUUCGAAUGACCAACCUUGGGAUCAGUUCUUUUGCUCUCGGAUGGAGGAUAUCGAAGAUGUUUGUCGACAAAUUCUCGACCUGUAUAUCCACAAUGGAUCCAAGCAUAGCGAGCAAUAUACCCAGAUGAAGAUCAAGAUCAAUGAACAAGCUCAGCUGCGUGGACCGGAUACAAAUAUGGAUGACAUUACACGACGAGAACUAUCCACAGAACAGAAAACAUGGAUGUUUGAAAGGGCACCAACACCACUGGAUAUCGUUAAUACAGCACAGCACACCGUAAUUUACGAAUUCCCUUCUACUUCAAUAUAA